AUGGCGGCCCUAUGCAAAUGCUGUGGCGACUGCACGAACGGCCCUUCGAAAUUCCAUGUGCCGAAACAUGUCCAAAAUUGCUUCCUGGAGCACAAGCAUGAGAGCAGCGGGUUGAUAGUCACAUUAAUAGGAGAAGACUACAUCUAUAGAGGCGAUUUCUACCACGAAUCAAAAAGCGAGCCCCACGUCGAGGAGCAACUUGUGGCAGCAAUUUACGAUUUAAUCUCGAAAUACAAGGUCGACCUCUACGAAAUCGUCAUCUUCGUCUCAAAAUCCCCGUGCUUUCACCAGGACUGCGACCCGAAAUGCGAAGUGAUAGACGAGUGCAAGAGCAACAAAGCUUGUGCGAAAUUGCUGGGACUGUUGUUGUCGAAGGUCCGAAAAGAGUUGAGCAAAGUGGACGUGAAGAUGACGGUCAAAUUUUUGUAUCCACACCUGAAUCGGGGAGAUUUGUACACGAAGCAAGGAAUUUUGUGUAUGUUGCAGGCUGGAAUUAAGGUCGAGCCUCUCCUGAUGAAAGACUGGUCAGCAAUAAUGGAUUGGUCACCCCAUGUCGAUCACAAGGGAGAAUAUUUGAAGAUGUGGAAUGAUCACAACCUAGACAAGGCCGUCGCUCAAUCCCAAUCGUUUAUCAACGAAUGCCGAAGAGCGCUGGGACUCUCUAUGAAAUUCUGGGUCGCUGAGAUUCACGAAAUCGUCAAGAAUGCUAUUCUGCACUAUUCUGAGAUACGGGUGAAGUGCGGGGAGUUGAACGACGCGUUGAAACAGCUCGACCUCACCGCCACCCCGCACAAAAUCCGGUCGACCCCCUCAAAACGUAGAAGCUUCAUCGACAUGCAUGAGCUACGCGACAAGCUGUUGAUGCGCUCCUCCACCCACGACCAGAAGAAGAACGGCUCGAACAUGUCGGUGGCCAGCGAUGAUGCGCACGCGCAAGCGAUGGUGGCCUCGUUCUGUGGACGGUCCUUUGAUGAUUCGGAGACGAACGAGAUUGCGCAGCGGAUCAGAAGAGCCACUGCUAACAUUAACGUCGAGAUCGAGACUUUGCUGGAGUUUUUGACGCAUAAGGGUGCCAUUGCC